GUUCAGGACAGACUGAAGGACAAAACAAGCAGGAAGGAGACGAAAGGUAAAGCCAGCAACAGGCGUGCUGCGAGGAAAAAUAAAGACUAUUAAAUAUAUCGACUGCCUGAACAACACAAACUGUGGUCGGUCUGUCCGCAGAUGUCGUUGUCGGCCGCUCGGAGGGUGCUUGCCGCCGCGUCGCAUUCGAGCCAUGACGGAGGAGCGAGGACCUGGAAGAUCCUGACCUUUGUGCUGGCCUUGCCCGGCGUGAGCGUGUGCAUGGCCAAUGCCUACAUGAAAAUGCAGGCGCACUCGCACGAGCAGCCGGAAUUUGUGCCCUACGAACACCUCCGCAUCCGCACCAAGAAAUUCCCAUGGGGCGAUGGUAACCACUCACUGUUCCACAAUGCUCACACCAACCCUUUGCCAGACGGUUACGAGAGCUCCCACCAUUGAGGGGCCUUCCAGCCGCACAGUGAUGCCUUGCACUGAAAUAAAGAUAAAUAAAAAUAAAGAAAUCUUAUGCACAAAUGUAA